UUUUGAUUUUUGAUGCAUAAUCUGUACAACUCCUGCCUAUCUCUAUAUGCCAUAGUUGAGCUGUGAUUACAACAAAAACAACAAAAAAAAAAAAUAAAACUGGACACACCGAAAUCGAAUAGAAUCAAUAUGGCUGUGUCGACACAUAAAACAACAAUAACAACAACAACAACAACAUCAAAUGGAAACACAACAACAACACUGAAUAACAUUAUCAAUUGCAGCGGCUGCCAUUUGCCAUUCAACUUCAAUAAUUCCGUGCCAAAAUCAUUGCCAUGCAAACAUUGGUUCUGCCUGUCCUGCCUCGAGGACAUGAUCGGCAAGUCGAGUGAUUUUGCCCACUUCGAUUGUGCCAACUGCCAGCAGACCAUCGACAUCGAUGGCCUAAAUAAGACUUUGGAAAUUCUGCCAAACAGUAGUGCUGCCGCCAAUCUCAAUCCAAAUAACGGCCACAAUAACAGCCAUUUAGCCGAUAUCGAUACCCAAAUAUCCACACGUUCGGCCUCGAUAGCCUCCGAUAAUUCCAUAGGUUGUGGUUUAUUUUAUAGCAACAACAACAGCAACAGUAUUAGUAGUAAUUCGAAUCAUAGCUCCCUGAAUCCCAACAAUGGCCACUUGAGUCUGUUGCAAGGCCACCAGCAUAGAGGGGCGGGAGGUGGCAGCGGAUCAGAUAAUGGCUGCUCCUCCCUUGGCCAGAAUUUGGCCCACAUGUUGCCGGGCGAGAAUUGCAUGCUCCAUGGCAUGCCGAAUAUUUUGUGGUGCGCCAGCUGCAAUCUCAGCCUGUGUCGUGGUUGUAACUCCGGACCCGAGCACCAGGACCACAUGAUACAAAAUCUCCAAGAGGCCAAGGAAUCAUAUCAGCAUCGCCUGCAACAGGAUAUUGGCAAAUUACAAGGAUCUCUCGGUGACAUGGAACAUCUACAGCGCAUCCAAAGAGAGUUCCUUUUAGGUCUGCUGGAAUCCUGCUGCACCCUCAAAACCCACCUGGAACAGGAGCUGCAAAAUCAAUCCCAUGGCCAGGCCAUGGAUGGCAUGCGGGAAACUGUUAAAAUGCUACAACUUCACAUGGAUCUGAUGCCUGAGUGUAGUCCCCAGGACUAUCAGAAACUCAGCCAAGCCGUGGCGGAGGAGAAACAGAGAUUCUAUCUGAAACACAAGGAAAUGUUGCGCCAGUAUCAGAUCAGCGAAUUGAUUGCCAGCAAUGAAAGGCUCUUGGAUUUUUCCAGCAUGCAGCAGAUUUUCCAGAAACAGGAUUUGCGGUCUUCGCCGGCAACCGGGGCGGGGGAUGGCAUUCAAAUGCCCAGCAAUCCCAUGCUGCACCUGACCAACUACUGUGUAUUCCAUCUGUACCUGCGCUACUCCAAGCAGAAGCAGCAGUUUUUCGAAAACCAGCUCUGGCGUUAUCAGCAGUACCAGCAGCAGAUUAUUGCCAACUUCAAGACCCACCAACAAAAUCAAAAGUCAGCCACUCCCCUGGGAGGCACGGCCAGUUCAAAUUCCACUUCCACAUCUAAUUCCAGCUCAUCGGCCUCGUCCGGAAUUGGCAGCUAUCAUCAAAAUGGUUCCCCCACAAACUACCAGGGAACAGGUGGUGGAGGAGGAGGAGGGGGAGGAAUUUCAUCCUAUGACCAGCUACAAAUCAAACGUAAGACCUAUGCCGAAAUAGCCAGCUCCCAGAAAUCCUUCGACAGCCACCACACCCAGGACUCGUUCGACUUGUUCACCGGACCCCUUACCGUCUCCCAGUACAAACAACUCGAAGAGGUGGGGAAGUGCAUCGAUCUACUGCUGCUCAAUCCGAUCAGCAAUGACAACAACCACAUUUACUAUUUCGAUUUCGAGCGGGGCGGUGAGUUCUUGGGUCGUGUCCUAAUCAAGGUAUAUGCCAGCUAUGCCCCCAAAAUGGCCUACAACUUCCAUGCCCUGUGCUCGCACGAAAAGGGUGUGGGCUAUCGUGGUUGCAAGGUCUUCAAAUGCUAUCCCAAUCAGAGCAUCAUCACGGGCGACAUAGAUCAGAACAAUGGCUAUGGCAGUCGUUCCAUUUACGAUGAGGCUCAAUUCGUUCCGGACGAUACGAAAAUCCCUCCAUUUAUUGGAGCGGUGGGUAUGCGUCGAGCAAAGAAAAUCUAUGACUCUCAGUGUCUGGUGGGCUCUCAGUUUCGUAUUAUCCUUAAGGUGAGGCCGUUUAGUGCCAUAUUUGGUCGGGUCAUUGAAGGCUUGGAGGUGGUUUGGAAUAUAUCGCAGGCUCAGGUACAAAAUAGCGAUAAACAAAAUGCUCUGGGUUCGGCCGCAGCUGGCAUGGGCCACAUCAGUGUGGCCCAGUGUGGGGUGUAUGAAUUUGCCAAGAGGAAUUUACAGGGUGGCAUCUAAGGGGGGAGGUGACAUGAUUUUCUAGGAGAAAAUAUAUUCCUAGGCAAAAAUAUUUCCAAAGCUAAAAUAUUUUCGAAACUAAAAAAUUUCUAGGCGAAAAUAAUUUUCUAGGCAAAUAUAUUUUCAAGGCGAAAAUAUAUU